UUAGGCAUUCGUAGUUUUAAAUUUUUGUCAAUCGUCUUAAAGAUAUUAAAUGCGAAAUUAUGCCGGUUUUAGUAAAUAAUCAAUCAAUUAUGAAUUUCAGAAACAAGGUUGAUGAAACAUUGAAUAGUUUUAUAUCCACCAGCAUUGGACAGUUGUUUAAUAUAUAUUCGACAAAAAUUGAUGGUGGACGACAAAUCAUGAUGGGUGGAUUGCAGCAAUUUUUCAAUAAAAACAGAGAGGAAGUAGAAAUCGAUGACGAUUAUCAACAGCCUAGAAAAGGCUAUGAUAGUCUCACGACAACUUUUCACGAUCUGCCAAUUCCGAUUCAAUUAUACAUUUUCUCGCUACUAGACGCUAAGACUGUUUGUCACAUAUCAGCCAGUUGUAGAAACUGGAAUAGACUUUGUAAUGAUGAAAUAUUAUGGAAGAACAUGCUCCUCAGAGAUAUGGAAAGUUGGGAAACUAUUCAGCAUUCGACUCAUCCAGACAUAUAUUCUAAUAAUCAGGAAGCUGAAGAAUUAACGAAUUCAACCAGAAAUGAAGAGCUAACUGCUAAAGAAAUCUAUUUAAGAUGUUCACCGGAAUCAAGUCGCUUAAUUAACAAUCAAAAUGAUUCACUACGAAAAUUUUCUUCAAUAAUUCGGUCAAUGUUACCCAAAAAGAUUCCCAAGAUUGCAAUGUUUGGCCCAGGUUUAGAGACGUCUACCAGCGGUAUUGUCCAACAAAUGUUGAACAGACGCGAUGUUUUCGAAAGUCUUGGAAUGUUCCCCGGUCAAUUUGAAGGAUGCGGUUCUGGUUUCACAAUGAGGAUGAAUAGUCCCUCGACAAAUUGUACUUUUAAUCUCAUAACUCUCUACUCAGCAUCAAAGAUGGAAAGAGAAAAAUAUGGCAAUAAAAAUGAAGAAAGGUUAAAAAAUAACAGAUUGUUUGACAACCAAGAACGACAAAAAGGUGUUUACGAAGUACAUAGGGCCAUUCGUGAAGUUUGUCGAAAUGUUGACGCUUUCAUCUUUGUGGUGGAUGCUACGAAAGGUUGCGAACAAGAUGUCAGUAACGGUCAAAUAGAGCUAAAUGCCAUGUUGCACGAUUUAUGGUCUCUGCCUGCAUUUCCUGUAUUAAUUUUAUCCUGUAUACCUAGUGUUCAAGUAGAGCGUAUACCAUGUAUAAAAGUAGCUAGACUGCUAAAAUUACAUAAACUUAGAAAACCUUGGUCAGUGCAAAACUGUGAUACUUUUACACUUGCUGGCAUAGCUGAAGGCCUUUCUUGGCUAGUUGAAAGAGCUAUUCGGACAUCUAAAUAG